GCCCCAGCCGCCGCUGCAGCCCCCUCAGCAGUUCCCUCAGUUCCACGUCAAGUCGAGCCUGCAGAUUAAGAAGAACGCCAUCACAGACGACUAUAAGGUCACCACCCAGGUCCUGGGACUGGGCAUCAACGGGAACGUUUUGCAGAUUUUCAACAAGAGGACCCAGGAGAAAUUCGCCCUGAAAAUGCUCCAGGACUGUCCGAAGGCCCGCAGGGAGGUGGAGCUGCACUGGCGGGCCUCCCAGUGCCCACACAUUGUCCGCAUUGUGGAUGUCUAUGAGAAUCUUUAUGCGGGGAGGAAGUGCCUGCUAAUCGUCAUGGAGUGUUUGGAUGGUGGAGAGCUCUUUAGCCGUAUCCAGGACCGAGGAGACCAAGCAUUCACAGAAAGAGAAGCAUCAGAAAUCAUGAAGAGCAUUGGAGAGGCCAUCCAGUAUUUGCACUCAAUCAACAUUGCUCAUCGGGAUGUCAAGCCUGAGAAUCUCUUGUACACCUCUAAAAGGCCCAACACCAUUCUGAAACUCACUGAUUUUGGCUUUGCCAAGGAAACCACCAGCCACAAUUCUUUGACCACUCCUUGUUAUACGCCAUACUAUGUGGCUCCGGAAGUGCUGGGCCCAGAGAAGUAUGACAAGUCUUGUGACAUGUGGUCCUUGGGUGUCAUCAUGUACAUCCUGCUGUGUGGAUAUCCCCCUUUCUAUUCCAACCACGGCCUUGCCAUCUCUCCGGGCAUGAAGAGUCGCAUCCGCAUGGGCCAGUAUGAAUUUCCCAACCCAGAAUGGUCAGAAGUAUCAGAGGAAGUGAAGAUGCUCAUCCGAAACCUGCUGAAAACAGAGCCCACUCAGAGGAUGACCAUCACGGAGUUUAUGAACCAUCCCUGGAUCAUGCAAUCAACGAAGGUCCCUCAAACCCCAUUGCAUACCAGUCGGGUCCUGAAGGAGGAUAAGGAGCGGUGGGAAGAUGUCAAGGAGGAGAUGACCAGUGCCUUGGCCACAAUGCGUGUCGACUACGAGCAAAUCAAGAUAAAAAAGAUUGAAGACGCAUCCAACCCUCUGCUUCUGAAGAGGCGGAAGAAAGCUCGGGCCCUGGAGGCAGCAGCCCUUGCUCACUGAGCCGCUGAGCCACUCCUGCCCUACUGGAGGGAAAGCAAUAACUCUCUACAUGAAUAUAUUUUUUAAAAGAAGAGACACAGAACUGUUCACUUAUGCCUCCCUUCCUCCUUUGCUGCAUGGAGCCCAGAAUGUUGUCGGUGGCUGAAAUCUGACCCUUUGGCCACCACCUGCCAUGGUUCUGGCCAGUCCCAGAUGCGACAGGCUGGGAGGCUGGGAGGGUGAGGAGAGAAGGGAGCAAGAUGCUCUUGAACCUGUGCUCAUUUUGCAGUUUUAUCAGUAAUUUGA